CACCCUUUUCGGUUUUCAGAAAGAAACGGCUCUCAUGCUAAUCUCUCAAUCUCAUGUUCAAUUCUCUCAAACCAAAACCUUGUUGGCUGCACAAAUGUCUCUCCACUUCAGGACCUUCUUCCAAACCCCACCACUACGACCUCCUUCUAAUCUCUUCCUUAAAAUCCGCUGCAACUCAUUGCUCUAUUUCUCAUGGCCGAAUAACCCAUUGCCUCGUAAUCAAAUCAGGCUUCGCUUCCAACCCUUUUAUCCUAAACACCUUGAUUAACAUGUACGCCAAGUGCGGCUUCCUUCAAGACGCUGAACGUUUGUUCUCUUCUUCUCCCAACCUGGACCCUGUUUCUUACAACAUCAUGAUUUCUGGGUAUGUAAAAUCUGGUCGGUUUCAUGAAGCACGUAGCCUGUUUGAUCAAAUGCCUAAAAAGGGUUGUGUUUCUUAUACUACCAUGGUAAUGGGAUUUGCUUCAAAGGGCUACUGGAGAGAAGCAAUUUGGAUUUUUAAGGAAAUGAGAUAUGGUGGUAUUUUGCCUAACGAAGUCACGUUGGCAAGUUUGAUUUCUGCUUGUUCGGGUUUUGGAGGGAUUUCCAUUUGUAGGAUGUUACAUGGUUUGGCGGUUAAGGUGAUCCUUGACGAGUUCGUUAUUGUUUCAACCAAUUUGCUGCACAUGUACUGUGUUUGUGGGAGUUUAAAGGACGGGAGGGAUUUGUUUAACCAGAUGCUAGAGAAGAAUGUUGUUUCUUGGAAUGUGAUGUUGAAUGGGUAUGCAAAAGCUGGGGAUGUUGAGUUGGCUCGGGAGUUGUUUGAGAAAAUUCCCAUGAAGGAAAAAGAUGUUGUUUCGUGGGGUACCAUGGUUGACGCUUAUGUUCAAGUAGAUUGGUUAAGUGAAGCUUUAACAAUGUUUUGUGCUAUGUUACGUGAGGGAGUUGAGGCAAGUGACGUUAUGAUUGUCGAUUUAGUUUCAGCAUGUGCACGUUUGAGUGCGACCCUAGAGGGCUUUCAGCUCCAUGGUAGGAUUGUGAAGGCAGGUUUUGAAUGUUAUGAUUUUGUGCAAGCAACUAUCAUUCAUUUUUAUGCAGCUUGUGGGAGGGUUGAUCUUGCUUAUUUGCAGUUUGAAGUGGGUGUCAAGGAUCAUCUUCCUUCUAGAAAUGCUGUUAUUGCAGGAUAUAUAAGAAAUGGAAUGAUCGAACAGGCGAGACGGGUAUUCGAUGAGAUGGCUGAAAGAGAUGUUUCUUCAUGGAGCUCUAUGAUUGCCGGUUACGCGCAGAGUGAGCAACCUAACAUCGCUUUAGAGCUCUUCCACGAAAUGAUAGCUUGUGGUAUGCAGCCAAACCAAAUAACAUUGGCAAGUGUUUUCUCUGCAAUUGCUUCUUUAGGCAUGUUGAAUGAAGGGAGAUGGGCUCUUGAAUAUGUACAAAAUAACUGCAUCCCUCUUAAUGACAACUUAAGUGCUGCUAUCAUUGAUAUGUAUGCAAAAUGUGGGAGCAUCAAUGCUGCUUUAGAAGUUUUUUGUCAAAUCCGAGAGAAGGCCUCCACUGUCUCACCUUGGAAUGCAAUGAUAUGUGGCUUGGCCAUGCAUGGAGAUGCCAAUUUAUCACUUGAAAUAUAUUCUUACUUGGAAAGGAGGCAUCAUAUCAAGCAGAAUUCAAUAACAUUCAUUGGGGUCCUUACUGCGUGCUGCCAUGCUGGGUUGGUAGAACUUGGGGAGAAGUAUUUCAAGCGUAUGAAGAAUGUAUAUAACAUAGAUCCUGGUAUCAAGCAUUAUGGUUGUAUGGUAGACCUGUUGGGACGAGCUGGUCGUCUAGAAGAAGCCGAGAAAAUGAUUAUGAGUAUGCCUAUGAAGGCAGAUGUUGUGAUUUGGGGCACAUUAUUGGCAGCAUGUAGAACACAUGGGAAUGUGGAUAUAGGGGAAAGGGCCGCAGAGAACUUGGCAAAGUUGGAACCAUGUCAUGGAGGGGGUAAAGUCCUUUUGUCCAAUUUAUAUGCAGAUGCAGGGAGGUGGGAAGAUGUAUUUUCUGUAAGGAGAGCAAUGCAAAAUCAAAGAGUGAAGAAAUCUCCUGGCUACAGUGGUGUUGUAUGAUGAUAUUUUGAAUUGGCUUUUUGACAUUGCAACUUCCUCUAAGCUAGCUAUUGGUGAAAGCUGGAAUUGUUGAUCUUAUCAAGAGGCGCACUGAUGACAUGACACUAGCUAUUGGUGAUGAUGUUGGUGUUGGAAUAUGUGGUUGGGAAGGACGGCAAGCUGUGAUGGCAUCAGAUUUUGCUAUGGGCCAGUUCCGGUUUCUGAAAAGAUUACUGUUGGUUCAUGGUCAUUGGAAUUAUCGGCAUCUUGGUUACGUAAUUCUUUACAACUUCUAUCGCAAUGCUGUUUUUGUGUUGAUGCUAUUCUGGUACAUAUUAUGCACAGCAUCUAUUGACUCACCAUUUUGCUUAUAAUAAUUGUGGCUUUACUUUCUCGCUUUCUUUUCAAAGUUAUACAUGAGAUUUUUUGGCCUUCAGAUAUCCAAAUAGCCAGAGAUACUAAGAGAAGUGACUCCUAAUUUGAGGUCAAAGCCAGAUAAAGAUUCCAGUUAGCAUGUACUGAUGUACAUUACACCCUGUUUUGAAAUGGUUACUCAAGUCAAUCAUUCAUAUAUGGCUGUCCUGUGGCAUGCAAUUGUAAGUUAUGGUAAGUGCAUAUUCCAAUCUUUUUUGUGUUACAAGUUUCAUACACCUGUUACUAAUGAAAUUAGUCAGCAUUGCUAA